AUGACCGCUCCCACUCAAAAGCCCUUCGACGUCGCCGUCGUCGGCGGAGGCAUAGCCGGCGUGACGCUCGUCAUCGGCCUCCUGCACAACAGGGUUCCAGUCACUUUGUACGAGGCCGCACCGCGCUUCGGCGAGAUAGGCGCCGGCGUCGCGUUCGGGCCCAAUGCGGUGCGGGCGAUGAAACUCAUUGAUCCCAGGAUCGCGGAGGGCUUCGCCAAGGUCGCGACGCAGAACCAGUGGGAGUCGAAGAGGGAUCUGUGGUUCGACUUCCGGUAUGGCGAUGGCACGCACGCCGAGAAGCAUGGAGGCGAGGUCCGGGAUCUGAUACAUCCGCUCUACUGUCCCGGAGGCCAGGCGUACACGCACAGAGCGCACUUUCUGGAUGAGAUGGUCAAGCUGGUGCCGGAUGGGGUAGCGGUGUUUGGGAAGAGGCUGGUUGAUAUCGAGGACAAGGGUGGUGAGGAAGGUGUCCUGCUCAAGUUCGCCGAUGGGUCGACGGCGAGGCAUAGUGCUGUGAUCGGGUGUGACGGAAUCAAGAGCCGGACGCGGGAGAUUGUACUUGGAAAGGAACAUCCGGCCGCGCGCGCCGUAUAUAGCGGGAAGUACGCGUACCGCGGGUUGAUCCCCAUGGAGAAAGCCGCCGAGCUCCUGGGCGAUGAGCUCGCCAGGAAUGGGCAGCUGUACAUGGGCCAACAUGGUCAUGUGCUUACAUUUGCGAUAGAAAAGGGCAAGACAAUGAACGUGGUUGCAUUCAGCAGCAGCGAAACCUGGGACUCGGACAACUGGGUAGUAACAACUAACAAGGACAAGAUGAUGGCCGACUUCGCAGGCUGGAGCAAGAGCGUGGAGAGCAUUCUCACCCUGAUGCAGAAGACGGAUAUCUGGGCACUCUUCAAUCAUCCGCCUUGCGAGACGUACUACAAAGGUCGUGUUUGUAUUCAGGGCGACGCCGCCCACGGGUCAACUCCGCAUCAAGGUUCGGGUGCUGGAAUGGCCAUAGAGGACUCCUACGUUCUAAGCAAUCUCGUGGCGGCAGUAGAAGAUGCUAGCGGCAUUGAGAGCGCCUUCGAAGCGUUCGAUGCGGUAAGAAGGGAAAGGACGCAGCGACUCGUCAAGACAAGCCGUGAGGCUGGCCAAUUAUAUGACUUCGAGCUCCCUGGCGUUUUGGAUGAUGUAGAGAAGAUAAGGAAGAACCUCGAUGGGAGGAUGGGCUGGAUAUGGUACGAAGACAUGCAGGCAGAGCUUGAGAAAGGCAAGAGGCUGAUGAGCGGGAGGAGUAGUUUGUAA